UCGUUGCAAAACGCCGCAACCCACACCGACAUCGGUAGCAGAACACGCGGUUUGCAUAAGUACUAAACUGAGGUUGCUCGUCGAUUGUUUUAUGUUUUAUUAAGCUAUCUAGCGCAAAGCUAACGGUAAGGCCGUGAGGCUUAUUUGAAAUUUUGUGCUGCAGCAAUGAGCACGAGCGGUUCAGAGCCAGAUGACGACAUUCCACCGGCGGAGGUUUGUCAGCGGCUUUGCGAAGAGUUCGCCGCCGUUACUCAGACAGACAGUGCGUGUGCUCAAUUUUACCUUCAAGACCGGGCAUGGAAUCUAGAGAGGUCUGUCAGUGACUAUUUUGAUGACAGAAGAGGUGGUAGUGGAAUGAAAGUAGACGACGACCGUGCAAACAUCGUCGUUGUUGUCGAUGGCUCCAAAGAAAGUUUAGCAGCAGCUGCAACAGCAAUGCUAGUAGAAGGCCUGACAAGUCACCCUCAGACAUCUCAGCAACUCCAAGUAUCUCAGCCCGACCAUGAUCUUCAAACGCAAAAGCCGGAUUCUCUGAAGUUCAUCUCAUGGAACAUUGAUGGCAUAGAUGAGAAAAAUUUGCUGCUGCGAACUAAGGCCGUUAUAUCCUAUGUAGUAAGGCAUGACGCAGACGUAGUCUUUUUGCAAGAAGUCGUACCUGCGUCAUCCAAGGUGCUCGAGAAACAUCUCCCCCAGUACAAAAUGGUUUUAGGAACUCCUGAAGAGGAGGGCUACUACACUGCAGUUCUUUUAAAGAAGGAUACUGUGUCUUACAAGUGUGACACUGUGUUCGGCUUUUCAAACACAUCUAUGGGAAGAACUCUGACACACAUUGAUGUUUCCUUUAAUGGGUAUCCCUUAACCUUGAUGAAUACUCAUCUGGAGAGUACGGCAGAGUUUUCUGCUGCUCGGAAAGAUCAGCUGAAGAAAUGUUUCAAAGCAUGUCGGAAGGAACCUGAAGACAAGACUGUCAUUUUCGCUGGGGAUCUCAACCUUCGUGACAGUGAGAUGCAAGAGCUUGGUGGUGUUCCUCCUGGCUUCGAAGAUAUGUGGGAAUCCUGUGGGAGACGCAAAGAAGCCACGUACACGUGGGACCUGACCCGCAAUGACAACCUCAUCUGGAACGCUCGUUUCAAGCCUCGCUGUCGCUUCGAUCGCGUCUACCUGAGACGCUCAAAGCCAGCUCGCAUCACACCGGCUUUCUUCGGUCUCAUAGGUUUAGAGCGCCUCAAGCCUCACACGUGUUUUCCAAGUGACCACUGGGGCCUGCUUUGCCACUUUUAUGUUACAUGAAGUUGUCUGCUAAGCUCAGACAUCUGUGGAUACAGUAACUUAUAUCUAAUGAGAACAAUGCUAUACAAUAAAGCAGUGUACACUGCUGUGCAUUCCCACAUAAGAGUGCACUAUAUCCAGAUUACAGCAUUUAUCUCCCUAACAACACGACUGAUCUGGCAGUGCUGUGAUGCGGCAACUUCCAGAAUCGGGAAGCUACGUUGGCUAUGUUUUAUGGAUAUUUUACUUGUUAGUUUGUCUGUUCAUUGUAUUGUCAAGAAUAUGCAAUGUGCGAAAGCAUAUUUUCUCCUCAUUCCAGAGUUUUAUCAGUAAUACUAGUCUCUUUGUGAAUAAAAUGCAUACACAUGUCAUGCAUAGUUCAAACUGC